CAAAGUGUUAAAGCCAAAGCGGAUCUGACCAAUCAUAGAGCAGGAAAUCCUCCCCCCCUCAACCAAUUAGGAAGUGAAGAAGUGAGGAACAGGAAGUGGCAGCGGCAGCAGAAAGAUGAGAAGAGAGGAGUUGGAGCUGGGAGUCAGGGGAUCAGUUUAUGUGUGUAUAUAUUUCUCCAUACAUAGCAUUGUGUAAUAUCUUUGUGUGUGUAAUGAGGAUAUAUCUAUACCAGCACACUCAUCUGUGUCUGUGUGUACUUUGCUCACACUGUUGUGUACUUGUGUUGACAUUGCCUUAGGUAUCUCCCAUAUGUAUGGAACAGGGAGAGCCAACUUGUUUCAUAUAUAUGGCCAGAUAACAGCUUUAAUACAAAGAUCUGCUGGCUGAGGAUCAUGUGAGUUGCACUUUAAAAGCCAUGCAGUUGCCUGCUAGGUGUCCAUGGUGCCUACUUGGUUACAGUGUAAAUGCUUAAUAGUAACUGUUUACACUACAGCAAUCAGAAAUUCCACAUUUUAGUACAACACGUGGUGGGUUUUUUUCUGACACAGUUACUAAGGCUUUGACUUUUUUUUUGUAUUUUAGUCUUGCUAGGUUCUACUGUAGUUUAUUGUUUUUAUUAUUUUUUUGGUGGGGGAGGGGGGAUAAAUACAAGAACAAAGUAGUUGUAAAUAGUUUAGAUCGAGUAUUUGGGGCAAUUCACUCUGAAUAGUUUUACUCUUUUAUGGUUUAUUCAUUAGACAAUUAUUCGUGGAGAAUUGAAAGACUAAUUUCAAAAUAUCAUAUUUGGCAAAAAACUUAAGUGCACUUCUACCCUAACUGUCACAAUUCUGGUUUUACUAACUGGUUCACUACAAUUUGUUGUUUAGUGUUUGUGUAUUAAUGCAUCAUAUCACCUUGAGAUUCCCAAUUUCUUGGUAGGUCAAUGUGGGAAUGGGCAGUAAAUGUCCAUGCGUAGCUAGGUUAAAGAAAACAUUUAAGUUAUUUAAGUCGUGAGAAGUUGGCAACCUGCUCUUUUUUUAUUGUUAAAUGGUUGAAGAACAAUCUUUCUUGCCUUUUGAAAUUGUAUUGCAUGUCUCUGGGUUGUUCUACUUUUUGAUAUUCCUGGACAGUCCUCUCCUCUAUUUUGUCUUUUUCUGAGUAAUUGCAGUUCCAGUAUAGUUGUGUCUAUGCUUGUGAAAGGUGCAAACAUCAUGUAGCUAUGGAGUCUCAGAGGGAAAGUCUUGGUUUGCAUUGAAAGGAAUAUGGAUAAGGCUUUCUGUUCUGGCACACAUACCAUCAUGACCUUAAAUAAAAUUAAAAUUAUAUAAUCCUUCUGUCUAGGAAGUAAGUGUCCUGUAAUUUAAAUAGCAUUCUGACAUCCCAGCAAUAUAGUUUUUUUUUUUUUUUUUGUUGUUGUUUUUUAAAUUUAUUUAUUUUUUAUUCUUUUUUUAUUGAGGUGAUUGAGUUAAGUGUUACAGACAGAGAGCUUUCAUGACAGGUAUGUAACAUCAUAAAAAAGUGAAAACAAUUCUCAGAUAACACAGCCUCUUUUUGUGGUGUAGAAGAGAAAACAGAUAAAUUACAUGUCUGUAUAAGUGGAGUGGACUAGGCAGGUGGUCUAAGAUUAGCGAUUUAGAUAUGUUUAACAGUGUGGUGAAACAGUAUUACAAUACUAGUGUAUCGAUAGGGGCUCAAAAGUAUUGGGUGCGUCUACACUUUAUAUUGUGGAUUAAAUGCAGGUCUGUUCUGUCUUAGCAGGUGUAGGUGAGUAAUGUAGAGUCUGAAUGGUCCUGUUGCUGGUCAUCUUUUCACUCUGUUUUGAGCGUGUAGGGAUUAAUUGAGGGGAAUAGUCAUGUACUAACAGGGUCCUCACCGUGCCUCCGUUGCUAUUGGGGUAGCACCAGAUGUGUGGAGGUUAUUUAGUAUAAGGUGGUUUGUGCUUAUCAGUAUGGCAGGGACCAUUUGUCAGUUGUCAAUGUGCUUACGACCCCUAACCAGAGGGGGGGGGGGGUAAGGGGGGCUAUCAUUGGUAUGUGUUUUGAGUUGGUAGAAGUGAGCCAAACUCCCAAGAGUGUAUAAGGUUGUCGGUGACUGGUAAGUGUGUCAGAUAUGCGGUUGUGCAGUAUAUGUUAAUAUGUUUCUAAAGAGUAAUGGUUAACAGCUAAAACAAAAAUGAAACUUCAGACACGAGAACAUUGCAGAGAAGAGAUAUUUGGGCGUUUUUGUGCCCCUCUUGACAGGAACAGUUCAGGUGGUGGCUCCCGAUUUCCAUCUCAUAAGGGGAAUGAAAGGAGCAAUUUCGUGCUGGAUCCCAGGUGUGCGUAGUGGUCGGUAUCUCAGGGACCAUGGGUCCCGUUGGGAGUCCCAGUACCUGGAGAAAUGGGCAAUGUACAGCGAGUGGUAGUGCCAUUUGUAUUCCACCCCAGCGUCUCAGAGUUUCUGGGUUACCGGGCCAAGAGAUUUCCUCCAUAACAAUGUAUUUCUAGUUAAGUACUAAAAAAAGGUGAGCUGUGUGGAUUUUAAAUCAAAUGGGGUUUUUCCCCGAACCGCAGUCAUAAUCCUGUUUUUAUCAGACAGGGGUUGGCAUAGGACUAUCUGUCUUGGGUAAUGUGGCAGUUCGGUCGGGCCGGUUGUGUCUGCUAUGUCCAAGAUCCUCAUGUUUGUGUGGUGGUUUCGGUCGUCAGCUAGGUCUAACCGGGUAAGGAGUUCCGUUUGUGAGGCCGGUAGCUGCAGUACAGUUUCUUAGUAAGUCCAUGUCAGCCGUCGACAUCUGCUUUAGUUCCAGCAGAAGGUUUUUUAUAUCCAGCUUAGUGGCUGGGGUCAGAGCGUCCAGAUCCGCAGGAACUGUGACGGCCGUCUUGUGGUUUGCAGGUUUCACCUGGUCCACAGAAGCCGACUCUGAGCUGGAGGAGCUAGCAUUGUGCUCCGGCGGGGUCGCCAUUUUGUAGGCCGCAGGGCGCUGAAGCAGAACUCCUAUAUCUUGAGUCUUUGGACAUGCUGGCUACAGGGGGCCAGUGUCCGGUAUCAGCACCGAGAGGUAUGAUGCUGCCUGUGGAGCUGGUAGAGCGCGGCGGACUUUCCUGGCCGUUUGCAGGAACAAGAAGGGCAUCUGGUCACCGCCUUGACUGCUAGGCUGGUGAGGUGAGUGUUUUGGUUCAGGUGUAGCACUUUGCUUGCAGAGAUUACGUUGGAUUUACUUUCAAUGUGCAGGAGCUUGGGAGAAUGGCGUCCAUUCAGCUCAAACGUUAGGCUCCCCCUAGCAAUAUAGUUGAUUACAGUGUGGUAUAGUUCAAACAUGAAAGUACAGAUAAUGCAGUGGCUGUCGUCAUGUAUUUUUGCACGUUUAAAAGACCACUGAAGUCACCCAGACCAUUUCAUUUAAAUCAAGCAGCCUGGGUACAGAGGUCCCGUAGGUUUAACCCUGCAAUGUUAGAUAUUCUAGUUUUUGUUUGUUUAUUUUUUAGAAACUUCCAUUUGUUCAUUGCAGGGUUAAACAAAACACCCCUUUCAACAACCACUGGCUAGUUGAAAGUAGGAAUGAUCACCUCUUUAGCUAUAACUUCUUUAAGGUUCUGAUAGUCACUUAUAUUUGUGGCCGAUGGGAUUUAUCGUAAUCCAAAUGACAAUUUUGAUUAGUGGGCUACCUUUAAACCUAAUAAUGGUGUUCUUGUACUUGGGUAUGUUUUUAAACCUGCAGUUAUCUUUAUCAGUCCAUAUUUAGUCCAGGCAACAACAAACAAACGAACAUACACACAAUAACCAAUAUACUUUUCUCCUGAAAAAGCAGCAUUGCCAGAUGUGUAAAUCACCAUGUACUGCUUAGCCUGCUAUUAAUAGAUUACUGGCUAUUAAGGUGCUGACUGGAUCAGAUUGUUUACAGCACAUGGUGCCAGCUCACUCUGAAGCAUGAUGAAUUGAAUGUUUGGGAAGUUAUGUUAAAGCACACUGGCAUUAAAUUGUUUGGGUUUUUGGGGGGGCGGGCGUGUAGGGCAAUAAUUUAUACCAGGUAUAUAUCCCCUCUAGCAUAACACCCAAUUGUCCCUAUCUAGGAGUGACAGUCCCUGUUUUGGGCCCCAAACCCUUUGUCCUUAUUUUUUCUCCCACGGUCACUCUAUUUUAGGAGCUCCAUAUUGUUGAUGUGUUUGAGUAUUACAGAGCUUCACAGCAAAAAUCCUCACAGUAAUGUGUCUUUAACCUCUCAACGACGAUGGGCGUGUUAUGCCUUUCUACAAAAGGUGAGCUGUAACGGCAUAGGGCAGCAUAGCACACCCUACCGAUAAGCACCCCCCGGCUUGUACACUCACACUCGGCAGCAAAUCCCGCCUAUCCAUGUCACUGCAAUCACUUGACCAGACCAGCUUGAUUGGCGUGCAGGGUUGUCACGCAGAUCCCCAUAAUUAUUAAAAACAAAAUCAUUUUGCAUAAAUCAUUAAAAAAAAAAUACAAUUGUGAUUAUAUAAUAGAAAUAACACACACAAAAUAUAUAAUUUCAUUGUGUAUUUUGAGAUAUAUAUAUAUGGCAGGCUUAUGCAAUGUAUGAUCAUAUAAUGUAACUAAACCCCCAUUAUUUUUGCCUAGAUUAGGUGUUUUUAAAAAAACAAAUAAAAUCUUUCAACAUUGAAGUUGCUGUUUAGUGGAUAGGUGAGUGCGCUUGAUCUUGUGUAUUGUAUUAUUUGGCCCCCAGCAGCACCCCAUUUAUGCAUGUUAAGGUGAGUGCAGCCAACCCCUCUUUUUUUAUAUAUAUAUAUAUAUAUAUAUAUAUAUAUAUAUAUAUAUAUAUAUGAUUAUGUAUUUUAUAUAGUAUUUUAGAGUAUUAUGGUAUUUUUAUAUAGUAUUUAUAUAAUCGCUCAACAAAUCCCAGGCGCCAGGUUGUCUGGGAUUUGUAAGGCCUUUUAAGCAACCAACCUGGCAGCCUGGGAUGGGAGGCAGGCAGGCAGGCAGGCAGCUCAUGGAGAGCGAGGGCGGGCAUGCGGCUCAUGAAGCAUGAAGAGCUGAGGGAUUGAGACGGGCAGCUUACUGACUGCAGAGGUGGCGAGGGAACUGUUUUUUUCCAGCUCUGCUCCCUAGCGCGCGCAUAGGGUUGCCACCUUUAAAAAAAAGUAAAUAAAAAAUACCGGCCAUGCUAAUUUGCAUAUUUAUAUAUGCGUGACAUCAAAGCACACAACGCACAUAAAAGAACGAGAACAUUUGGAAGCAGAAAAUUCCCUAAAUCACUAAUAAAAUACUUACAAUGUUUGUACUUUUGUCUGACUGUUUGUAUAGUAUUGUGUAUUUGAGGCAGUGUGUGUAUAUACUGUCUGGAUGAGUGUAUAUGUACACACACCCACACCCCCCUCCCCUAAAUAUGCAGAGACUGAAUACACUCUAUUGCAUUGUAGGUAUUUUUUCAAUACUGGCACCGGCCACACAGCUUCAAAUACCGGCUGAGCCGGCCAGGUGGCAACCCUACGCGCAUGCCUCGCAGUGAUGCCGGGAGCCGGAAUAUGACAUAAUUCCGGCCUUGCUUACUAAACCGCGCCUGAGGGCUGAGCAGGGAGAUGAUCAGCGCCACCCCACUGGAUCGCCAGUAUCCACUCCUGCUCUCCCAAAAGAUAGGGAGGCUGGGUGGGCAAAUUUAUAUUAAAUAAAUUAUAACUUGUAAAUGUAUGUGAAAAUGGCAUAAUUGACAUAACAAAAUUGAUUAAUUUCUCACACUAUUUUAGAUAGUAUUCAUAUUAAAUUGUGUUCUACAUAUGAAUAUUUAGUCAUUAAAGCCCUGUUUCUCCAGAACAAAAUGAUGUAUAAUAGGCGUGGGCGCACUGAAUAUGAAAGAGGUAAACUAUGGUUGAACAGACACAUAGCUCAAAUUCUAGCUUUGUUUUGGUUCAGAACUUGGACAAUUGCUUCCGUCCUUAAAGGGAUUCUAUAGUGCUAGGAAAACAAAGCUGUUUUCCUCACACUAUGGAAUCCUACAGUUACCUCCUCCCUUGUGCCCCCUCCCCCCCAGCGCUGAAGGGGUUAAAACCCCUUCAUUCAUUUACCUUACGAGUGACAUCGACGCUGGGUCAGGAUCCUCCCCGGCCGACAUCAUGCUCUUAUGCGGCAACAGUCGCGCUCGCAUUAGAAUUUCUCCAUAGGAAAUCAUUAUUUAAUCUGACACUGGAAGACCUCAUGGAUAGCGGGAGGACGUCCAGCAUCAGAUAUCAGACCAAAGAUCCUUUUUAAUCCAGGAAGCCCUCUAGUGGUUGUCUGGUAGACAGCCACUAGAGGGGGAGUUAAUCCUCAGAGGUAAUUAUUACAGUUUCUCACAAAACUGCAAUAAUUACCACUGUAUGGUUAAGGGACAGGGGACAUUAAACCUAGACCACUUCAAUGAGCUGAAGUGGUCUGGGUGCCUACAGUGUCCUUUUAAGGGUUAAUGUGUGUAUAUACACUGGUGCGAUUAGUGCUAGAAGAUGCUGGUGAUGUCAUAUGCCAAAGAAUGAGCUUUAUAUAACUGCUUAUAAAGAUAUACUUAAUGCAUUGUGCUCUCUACUUUGUCUUAAAUAUACCUUACUUUAGUGCCUCAUGUUGCUCUCUGAGCCUGGAAAUUUCACUUUGAGUUUCGAAUAUCAGCACACUCUGUAGCAUUUGUUAUUAAUUUGUUUGGGGUUUUUUGCUCCCAAUUUGUGAGAGUACCAUGUUAGUGAUAUAUUUUAUUUUUUUAAAUAUAAUUGAUAGGGAUUGUUAAAGGAACUCGCCAAGCACCAUAACCACUUCAGCUCAGUGCAGUGGUCAUGGUCCCAGGCAUACACUGGUGCCCCAAAUGCAAGGAGGCACUCCCCACCUUCACUAACACUGGAGAGCCAGAAGUUCCUGUACCCGAACUUCUGUUGGCUCUUGUAAGCUAAAGCAUGCAAUGCAGGGCUUAGCUCUUUGGCUGAGAGCAAUCUGCCUUACAAGAGCGGGUGCUUGCUAGCUGCAAGCUAAAGGUCACUAAAGGCCAAUGUUUUACAUGUCUGUCUAAGCCCUAAUUGUCUUUGGUUGUAGGGACGGGAUUUCUGUUUUGGGCAGGAUGGAAAGCCAUACAGAUGUGAGAUUGGAUACUGCUGCGGAGACAUGGAGUGCUGCACGUACUACUACGAAUUAUGGUGUAAGUGUUGAUACGUCUUAUUAAGGCGUUAUUAUAGAUAAGUAAAAUAAGUAUUUGUUUUAAUAAAUGGUUUUUCUUCAGUAAGCCAUGUCACAGAUGGUCUGUAUAAAGCAGGGGAUGACUGUACAAGUGUGCGAGUAUAGAUGAAACAUGUGAAACUGUUUAUUCAUUAAACAUCAAAUAGCAAAUUGAAAACAGAAUUGCUAAAUUUAGGCAACGAUAGCUGACACAACAAGUUCUUCCACCAACCUGUAGUUACAGCUUGGCUGUUUUAGCAACAGUAUUGGAAUUUGAGUUUUUUUUUUUUUUUUUUUAAGGGUUACUCCCAGCGCAGUGGUAGUGUUGGAAGGAGUAAACUGGCCCAAUUCCAACUAACUUUUGCAAAAUCUAUACCUGGGUCCCUACCGGGCGCCUGUUCUGUACUGCUGGCUUAUGACAUCUGACCAAACCGGAUGACGAUCCCGCCAUUCAUGGCUCAUAAAUACAGCUCUGUGUACAGAAAUAUGCACAGAAUUUACAUUAGCCAGUUUGGAGCCUCUUGUUCCAGGCAGGUUGGUGACGCCCGAAUGACACUGCCAGAGGUGGAGUUACACCUCGGGCAGCAAAUUGGUUAAACAUUGUAUGUGCAUUUCAAAGCGUAAUGCUGCACAUACAGACUACACACACCGUAAUCAUUUCAAAUAAUUAAAGUGGUUAUGAUGCUUGGAGUAACCCUAUAAUUCACUCUAAUACAGUCUUUAUUGAAUACAUUCCCUAUCUGUCUUGUUAGCCCUAGAUUAAUUAUGUUAAUAUUAAUGUUAAACAUAACUCAAACGAAGAUAGAGCAGGAGCACUGCUAGGUAGCAAAAAGACUAAAGGAUUCAAUAAUAGACUUUAAGUUCACCCAAUCUCCACCUAAUACCACAACCUCUGCUGUAAAAUCUCUCCCAGAUGCACAUACUCUCACUGGCUCACACACACUGUUACACAUACACAAACAAUAAUACAAAGGCACAUGCAUACACAAUCAUAAAUUCAGUUACACAGAAACUGUUACACAUACAGGUACACACACGGUUACAUAUAUACACACACAAUAUUACACGUAUACACACAAACUUUACAAAUAAUCGCAAAUACAUAAACUAUUCUACAUAUACACUCACAGAUGCACACACUUAUACACAUACAAUCUGUUAUACAUACGGACACUGGUAAAUUAAAGUGAAACACGUGGGGUAUUAGGGAGUUGAAAAAGGCAUCUGAACAUCAGCUUAGGGACAAGAACAGCAUGCUGUAAGGGACCUGCGAGUCCACCGCAAUUGUGGGCCUGCGCGCCCGGUUGGCCGAUAUAAAAAAGUUAUGCACAUGUUGUAUUUUGGUUAUUGUGCCCUAAAGGCUUACGGAGACCUGCGAGUCUCAAUGUGACUAAUUCUCGACAAUAUAAACCGAAAUAAAAACAUAUUUACAAAAAAAAAAAAAGGCAUCUGAUAUGUUUGACCCUGUGACUUACCAAAAACCUUGAAAAUCGGAUACAUAGAGGUACUGUUAUAGCUAUCAGACAAUGUAAAAUAAAAAUUUCACAUUAGUGUAAACAUUGGAUUUCACUUUACAGGAAGUAUUUAGGAAGGCUGUGCAAGUCACAUGCAGGGAGGGGUGACUAGCUCUGCAUAAACAAAGUGUUUUAACUCCUAAAUGGCAGAUAAUUGAACUGUCUACUGUCAGAUAACCUUCAGCUGCUAAACAGCACUCAAAGUAUCUAUAUUAUACAAAUGAGUUUUACAGUUGGUUAUUUAUCAUAUUGCUGCACUGUAUAUUUUCAUUGAGAACGCUACUUGCUAUGUUGGUGAUUAUAGCUUUUUUUAAUUUGGAAGUGGCUACCCAACUAGCAAGUUUAGCAGUUUUUAACUUUUAAUGGGAUUUUUAGUGAUAGAGGGCACGUUUUACACAUUUCUUUUUACAUAGAAUUGAGCAGUGACACUGCAGGGGUAUGCUAUUUACACCAAACGACUUCAUUAAGCUAAAGUUGUUUUGGUGACUACAGUGUUAUUUUAAAUUUCAAAUUAUUUACUUUCUUUCGGAAACAAAAGCCUGAAUGAUUCUGUGGCUCACUUUGAGUUGUUGUGUUUCACAUCAUUGGCUGAAAAGCACUGUCCUAGACUACACUCAUGCUGUAUGUUCUACUAUACGACAUUAUGAAUUUAGCAGUUUCUUGUAUUACUCUCUUCAGUUUCAUGUGUCACGAUAUUGAAAUUGGAUUGCUCAAUAUAAUUGUUUUAAGUGUUUCUUUCCCCUUUCAUAUUAUUAUGUAUGAUUAUCACUAUUUCAUCAAUUCAUGUGUAUAUGAGAUUUUGUUGUCACUCUCACUUGUAGGGUUCUGGUUAGCCUGGACACUAAUCAUCAUGAUUGGAUGUUGCUGUGCAUAUCGUCAUCGCCGUGUGAAGCUGAGGCAUCAGCAGGAACAAAGGCAGCGAGAGAUCAGCCUCAUGGCCUAUCAGGGAGUUGCACCAUUUCCAGCUGCCUUAGGUAAUCGGCCAUUGCUACACACUCUUCUAAUAAGCCCAGAUCUAUGGUUGUAUUCUAAUUUGUGUACAGUGUAACCGUUUUUAUGUUUCUUUUCAUUUUAUCAUUGUUUUUAGGGCAUUCAAACGUGUUAAAAUGUUUUUACAUUACCAUAGUUUCCCUUUAAUUUGAUUUAGUAACCUUUAAAGGAAUACUAUAGCAUCAGGAAUACAAACAUGUAUUCCUGACACUAUAGUGUUUAACUAUUUAGGUCUCCAGCCCCCCUUAGCAGGGAAAAUGGGAAUUUACUCACCUUUUCUCCCUAGCCAAGCUGAUCUUUCCAAGGCUAGCACUGCCUCUAGUCUUGAUGAUCUCAGCCAAUACAAUGCUUUCCCACAGGAAAGCAUUGAGAGGCUAUUGCACGUGUGUGUCAAAAUGCCACACUGCACCAAUCAGGAUCUCCUAAUAGAGAUGCAUUGAAUUAGUGCAAAAAUAUGUUCAGCAUCUCCAUGCAGAGCUGUGCAGCACUAGACUAGGAAGCACCUCUAGUUGCCGUCUGAGUGGCUGUUCUAGAGGUGUUACUAAACGGCAAUGUAAACACUGCCUUGCCUUUUCUCUGAAAAGGCAGCAUUUACAUUGAAAAGCUUGCAGGGACAGGCUGUAGCCCCCAGAACCUCUACAAUAAGCUGUAUUGGUUUAGGUGACUAAUGUGCCUUUUAAGUGGAAAGAGUCAUAACAUACAAUUUGGAAACAUUGGUUGUCUGAAUUGUGGAACCUUUUUUUUUUGUUAUUCUGUCUUAGGAAUAGAACAAUUACAAUUUAUGGGUCUGUUUAUUACCCAAAUGAACAUGGGACAUUAUAGGCACCCAGACCACUUCACUUCAUCUCAUUGAAGUAGUCUGGGAUCCCUGUCCCUUUAACACUGCAGCUGAAAAUUUUAGAGAAACUGCAAUGUUUCCAGUGCAUGGUUUAACACUGCCGCUAGUGGCUGUCUACCAGACAGCCACUAGAGGCGCUUCCUAAUGUUUAACUCCACUUUGGACAUCCUGCGUGCUCUAAAUCCCCACAGGGAAGCAUUAAUUCAAUGCUUUACUAUGGGGAAGGCAUAACGCAUGCACAUUAUGUUUUUCUCGCAAAGACAUCAGAAGAGGCAGAGACGAAACAAGCGCUGAGGGACCUAGGUGCUGGGAUAAGGUAAGUGUUUGUUUAAAGACACUUUAAACCUUUAAUAAACACAGGGGGGGUGGGGAGGUUGCAGAGAUACAAAGCUGCAUUCCUAACACUAGAGUCUUCCUUUAACGUCUUUAACGUCUGAUAUAUCUUAACCUGCAGAGACUUGGCCAAGCUGCAAACUGCCUUCUUACAGUGAGGUCACCCAGGAGCCGCCAACACCUCCACCACCUUACUGUGAGAUUUUGGAUGAAGACUUAAUCCGCCGAGAAUGUCUACCACUGCCAGGAACUACAUCUGAAAAUGUAGACCCUUCUCGCCCCAGUCAGGCAGAUCUUCAAAGUGAAGCCCAGGGACCUACAACAGACCACUUUGUGCUGAGUGAUGAAGAUGUGGAAGAAAGCAGAGUGACAGCUGUUGAAAGAAGACGUCAUGUUACAGGGGAUUCUGGAAUAGUACUUUGUGAGCAGGAUGAGAAGGUUGUCUGUCAAAAUGGGAAGGAAGGGAAAGACGAGGACAAAGAGGGGCAUGUCUGUACAGAGACCACUAGAUCUGUGUGAAAGGAAAAGGAUGAUGGGGCCUCUGUAUAGAAAUUUGGCGUGUUUGAUUGUGACUCUCUCUUUGUGUCCUGUGUGAAUUUUCCCAGGAUAUGGAUUCUCAAGGGCUGUUACUUCGGGGCUAAGCAGUGAUCUUGCCGUACCUGAUAACUCCUGUGUUUUCUGGCACUAUACUUGCACUGAUGACAUCGUCUCUCAAAGCUUUUGCACCUUUUUAUUUUUUAUUAUUAUUAUUAUUAUUAUUAUGUAUUAGAUUCUGCAAAGAAACUGUCUUGUUUUUCAUUUUGUAAAGAAGUCAUAUUUUGUUAUAGAAAUUAGGGCUCUGACAACUGGACCUCUGGCACCAACAAGAUGGGCUUAUCAAAACAUUUGCUUUUGACGGGAGAAUGUUCGUAAACAAAUCAGCGGGAAUACUUCUCUACAUCUUAAUUGUCAAAAAAAGCAAUCUUUUUAAGGGAUCAGAAUGCACAAGAACUAUAUAGUUUUGAAUAAAAAAAACAAUCAAAAAACCUAAACCCAAUGUUUGUGUUUGAUGAGGGUGUGUGCUUGCGUUGAAUUUACUCACAUUUUAACAUUGCAGUAAGAUGUACAUGGUCCUACAGACCUAUACAUAAAAUCAAACUUCAUUGUUAAAGGGGAACCGUCACUUCUCUAGGAAUUACACCAUGGAAUAAAACAUUGAAAAGCACCUAGAA